AGGUGGUUGUUGUUUAGGAAGCAAUGGAAUUUCAGACACAGCAUCAAGGAUCUGGUGAGAGAAAAGUUCCAGAAAUUUAUGUUGGAAACCUUCCCACAGACAUAUCUGAGGUGGAAAUAAUAAGAAUCUUUUCAAAGUUUUCUGCUCAGAAAGUUCGAAAGUUUCUCUUUGAUGUAAAGUGCUUUGCCUUUAUUGAGGUGCCCACUGAAAAACAUAUCUCAAUGGCUGUAUCUCAACUGAAUGGUACAGUGUAUCGUGGACGAAAGCUGAAUGUCGGAAAAAGUAUAAAAACUUCCCUUGAAAAAAAUAAGCAGAUCAAUCAUUUCUCCACAAUAAAACAGAAAUCCAGUCUGCCUGAGAAGACUAAGGACACAGAAUUUAUAAAAGCAAGCAUCCCACCUACUAAAGACAAGUCACCAAGUUGUAAAAAUGCAAUAUUUAUAAAGAACUGUAGGAAGAUCUUUUAUGCUGUACCCAUGGAGAUGAGGAGUCUGAUGUUAAUGAGCAUCCUAAACGAGUGUUUUGGCAACCUGAACUGGUUCGGCUCUAUAAUGAAAGAUGAAGGUGAAACUGCAGUUAUGGUGACUGAGACGUACCCAGAAACACCUUUUUUUUGGGCUAUCCAAUUGUCUGAGGUGUCACAAAACAAAAUGGUGACUCUAUUCACAGCGAUUGCCAAGUCAGAAAAGAACCAGCCUUAUCUUGGUAAAGAUGAUGCUCACCGGGGAAAAAAAUGUCUUGCUGAGUUUUUGUUUACACCACAUGAUGCAGGUGCUUGGAACAGAGCCUGUAUUUUAGAAGUGGUCAACUUCUUUGCACUGGUCUUUUUUGUGGAUUUUGGGAGUACUGCUUUUAUUCCCAUCUACUCGCUAAAGUUUCUGAGUGAAGAAGAGUUCUGGCAAAUUCCACCCCUGACACAACCCUUCAUGUUAGAAGAAGAUGUGUUCUGCAAGGAAAGGCUUGUCAAAACAGUUCUUCGGGGUAAAAUUGUUGGCUCACACAUGUGUGAGCACCACAUCCAUCGGUUUGUCCCAUUCUCUGAGGAAGCUAGAUUUCAUGUACGUGAUCUCCAGGAGAGAUUGUGAGGAAAUUCUGCUUGUGAUGCUGUUUUUCGAGUUCAGUUAUUUUAUAGUUUCAAAGUGAAAAUUGUGUUUUGGUUUGAUGUUUCCAGUUCAAGCUUCAAUAAUUUACCAAAGAUUUAGCAAAUUACUGUGAUAUUACAAGUCAUUAAAAGUAUCAAGUUUAAGAUGCAAUGUUUAAUGAGCAACAUCCAGAUAUUUAGUUGCUCAUACUGACAUUUCCCACUUCAACAGAUUUCGUGAUUGUUUUUCUUGGA